AUGAUCCCCGCUCCCGCUCGCAUCCACACCCUUGGUGGUCAGCUUUUCGGUGGCCUCAUGUGGUCCUGGGUCUUCUACCGCAUGAAGGUGUCCAUUUUCCAUGAUGAGAGCAUCCUCGCGCACUUUGGCCUGAUUGAGCAGCCGAAGCAGCUCGGCACCCACCACUAA